CGGCAGCUACGCCAGCGAGAAUAAACCCCCAUAUUAAAUUUUAUUGAGAUAUAACAAAACAACAACCAUGUUCAGACGGAUAUUACAAAUGACUCCUGGAAAAGGAGGCUCCCAGGCAAGUGAGACUGAUCAGCCCUCUGCAGAUAUGAACAAUGAAACCUCAGAGGGCUUUAUCUGUCCACAGUGUAUGAAGUCUCAUAACUCUGCUGAGGAGCUUUUCAAGCAUUAUGAAGUUUAUCAUGAGUCUCAGGACCAGUCCUCCCAUCUCAGCUCAAGCAGGGAUGACCUGGCUUUUUUGCGACAGGAAGUUCAAGAUUUACAGGCAUCACUAAAGGAAGAACGAUGGUUUUCAGGGGAGCUAAAAAAAGAACUAGACAAAGUACAAGGACAACUGAAGCAAGGACCGGAGAAUGAAAGACAGGCAGGCUUAGAAGAAUCAGAACUUGAGAUGAAGCUCAAUGAGGCUGAGACCGAGAAGUUCCACAUCAAACAGAUGAAAGACCUCUUUGAACAGAAGGCUGCCCAGCUGGCCACUGAGAUUGUGGAUAUCAAGUCACGUUAUGAUGAAGAGAAGAGCCUGAGAGAGGUGGCGGAGCAGAAAUUGGCCAGCCUGCAACAGGACCUGCAGAGAGAGAGACAGGACAAAGAGAAUCUGUCAACUGAACUGAUGCAGAGGCCAGGACUAGAGGAUGUGGAAGUAUUGAAGAAGGAGCUGGUGCAGGUGCAGACGCUGAUGGACAAAAUGACCCGUGAAAGGGAGGAGGAAUCUGAGAGACUCAAAAAACAGUAUGAACAACUUCAGGCUAACUUCACUACCUCUGAGAAAACUAUCGCCCAGUUGAGGGCUGAACUGGAUAAAGGUCCGCAGGAAGCUGCUGUGUACACCCAACAAAUCCACCAACUACAGAGCAAUUUAAACAACCUCCAGCAGCAAAACCAGAUGUUUUCAGAAAAAUUGUCACGACAAGAAAAGGAAAACCAGGAACUAGAGGAGCGCCUGGGCAAGGAGCUGGCGUCUAAAAAGACCCUGCAGGCCAGCCUUCACCAAAAAGAGCUGGAGCUACAAGAGAGCCAAGCACGCGUAUCAACGGGGGAGGCUUCUCUCAAUCGGAUUCAGACUGAAUUAGCCGAGCGUGGGGAGGAGGCAGCACGUCUCAAGAAGGAGCUGGCUGAGCUUGAGAACGGCCAUCACGAGCUGAAGGCUGAGCGCAAGCAACUUCAGCAGCAAAGGGAGGAUAAAGAGAGCCAGGGCCUGCAGCAGCAGAGUGAGAUCAGCCAGUUGCACGCAAAGCUGCUGGAGGCUGAGCGGCAGCUGGGUGAGGUGCAGGGCCGGCUGAAGGAGCAAAGACAGCUCUCUGGAGAGAAACUUAAAGACCGUGAGCAGCAGGUUGCUGAAUUGCAGCUCAAACUUUCUCGUUUGGAGGAACAGCUCAAGGAGAACACUACCAAGUCCACUGACCUUCAGCACCAGCUGGACAAAUCCAAACAGCAGCACCAAGAGCUGCAAGCUCUUCAUCAGAGCACCAACAACAAGCUACGAGAAGCACAGAAUGACUUGGAGCAAGUGCUACGUCAGAUCGGUGACAAGGACCAGAAGAUCCAGAACCUGGAGGCCCUGCUGCAGAAGAGUAAGGCCAGCCUAAGCCAGCUGGAGGCUGAAAGACAAGAUCUGUGUGCCAAAAUCCAGGCAGGAGAGGGUGAAACUGCCUUGCUCAACCAGCUUCAGGAAAAGAACCACACACUGCAGGAGCAGAUAACCCAGCUGACAGACAAGCUAAAGAACCAGUCAGAGAGCCACAAGCAGGCUCAGGAAAACCUUCAUGAGCAGCUGCAGGAGCAGAAAAGCCAGCAACGCUCAGCACAGGAUCGCUGCCAGGCCUUAGAAAGCAAUGUGACAGAUCUCACUGCCCAUAUCACUCAGAGCAAAGAGAGAGUGGCUCAGCUUGACACCCAGCUUAAGGCUAAGACAGAGUUGCUGAUUUCUGCCGAAGCAGCAAAAUCUGCCCAACGAGCAGACCUUGAGAGCCAUCUAGAAACUGCCCAGAAUGCCCUGCAGGAUAAACAGCAGGAGGUGAGCAAGGUCCAGGCUCAGCUGGAGGAGCAGUGUUGCCGACUGCAGGAGAAGCAGGAUCAGUGCUCCCAGCUUGAGUCCAAUCUGAAAGAGAGCAGAGAGAAACUGGUGGCUGCUGAGCAGAAGAACGAAACACUGGAGCACCAGGCCAAGAAAGCAGAGGCUGAGCUGACAGAACUACGCUUAGCAAAGGAGCAGGCUCAGAAGGCACAGCAGAAACACCUGCAGCAAAUCAGUGAGCAGGAGAAGAAGAGUAAAGAGCUCAGUCGGCUGCUGGACACUGAAAAACAGGGAGCUGCUUCCCUGCAGGAGGAACUGCAAAAGAACAUUGUGGCUUUGGGUGACACACGGAAACAGCUGGAGAAAGGGACCCAGGAACACAGUGAGCUUAAAACCAAACUGGAGGAUCUCGCAGAGGAAGGACGGGUGCAAAGGGCCGACCUGGAGAAGAAACUCCAGGUGAUCAGUGCGGAGCAGCAGAAGACCCAGCAAGAGAGAGAUACCCAGGGUAAAGAGCUGAUGAAGGUGAAGGAGGCUCUGAGCAAGGCCUCCACAGCCCUGAAAGAGAGACAGAGCCAGUUGGAGACAGAGAAGAAAAGCAGUGCUGCUGCUCUGGAGGAGAAGAUGAAAGCUCACCAGAAAGCCCAACAGGAGCUGCAGAAGAGUGCAGAAGCUACAUCUACAGAAUUAGGCAAAGCCAAAUCUCAACUGGAAAAAAUGGCAGAGGUGGAGAAGGGACUCCAGACACAGGUUCAGGAGCUGAAUGGCCAGCAGAAAAAAUCUCAGGAUGCACUGAAAGAGAAGGAGAAAGACAUGCAGCAGCUGCAGGUACAGCUGAAAACAUCCCAGGGCUCUUUCAACCAGGAAGUGAAAAAACUACAGGGUCAGGUGGGAGAACUGCAGACCGCCCAAACGAAAAAGGUGGAGGAGUUGACCAAGCUUAAGGAGCAGAUGGCUAAGCUUUCUGAAGAGCUGAGUUCAGAGAAAAGCCGCAGCUCAGAGCUGCAAAAUAUGUGUGAUGGCACCAAGGAGAGCCUGGCCAAACUCCAGUCUGACUGCUAUGGCAAGGAGUCUGAGCUCUCAGCCCUUCGCCAGGACCUCAAGCUCCAUGAAGAGAAACUUGCUCUGGCUCAGGAGGACCUGGUGGCCAGUAACAACCAGCUAAACAGUUAUGAUGCGCAGAUCCAGGAAUUGAAGGCAAGCCUUGCAACAAGAGGGAAAGACCUGAGUAAACGGGACGAGAAGCUCAAACAGCAGGAGGAGGCUCUCCGAGAACUGCAGAAACAACAGGGGUUGACACAGGAGGAGCUGAAGAAGGAGCGUGCUCGGGUGGAAGAACUUAAGGAGGCUCAGAGUGAAGGAGAGAAGACGCGGAACAGGCUGAGUGUUGAACUUAAAGCUAUGGCAGAUAAAACUGAGAAGGAGCUAAAGGAACUGCAGGCAGCAAAGCAGCACUUGCUUCAGCAGAAAGUGGAUCUGCAGGGGCGGAUUGAGGCAACCCAGGCAGCCCUAGAGCAGGAGAAGAAAGAGCACCAGAGCACCCGCGACUCCAUCAAACAGAUCCAACAGCAGCACAAAGCAGAGACAGACCGACUCAACAAACAAAUGGCGUUGGAGGUAAAAGCUAAAGAGGAGGCAGGGAAGCGCCGAGAGGAGGCUGAGGCGAAGUUCUCGGUGCAGGUUUUGGCCCUCAACGAGAACGUUGCAACUCUAAAGCGGGAGUGGCAGGGCAGCCAGCGACGUGUGGGUGAGCUGGAGAAACAGACAGACGAACUACGUGGAGAGAUUGCCGUACUCGAAGCCACCGUCCAGAACAACCAAGACGAGAGACGUGCACUGCUUGAGAGGUGUGUGAAGGGCGAAGGGGAGAUUGAGAAGUUGCAGGCUAAAGUGGUGGAGUUGAGAAGGAAACUGGACGACACUACAGCAGCCAUGCAGGAGCUCGGUCGAGAGAACCAGUCACUACAGAUAAAGCAAUCUCAGUCACUCACAAGAAAGUGGGCAGAGGACAAUGAGGUGCAGAACUGCAUGGCCUGCGGAAAAGGCUUCUCUGUAACCAUCCGGAAGCACCACUGUCGUCACUGCGGGAACAUCUUCUGUGCCGAGUGCUCAUCCAAGAAUGCCCUGACACCAUCCUCUAAGAAGCCUGUACGAGUGUGUGAGAUCUGCUUUGAGGAGCUGCAGGGUUAAUGAUCUCACCGCUCCCACUUAAAUUCGCCAUGGACUCCUCCUGUGCAGGACAGUGACUUUCUUUGGCUCUGGAGGCAUUCGAAAGAGGUCAAGAGGCAGGACUUUGGAAACAGGGGUUGAGCAUGGCACAGUGGUGGGGAAGCUGCAGGGAAGAAUAAGGACCAGCCAGCUUUAAUCUGCUUGCUGGGCUUGAGGUGGCAUCUCUGUGCGCACAUUGCUAAAAGUCAUGAGAGCGCAGCAGCGAAGCAGAGCGGCAGCCCUUACCCUCGCAGUGCCUUGCUCACUUCUGUGAUCCUGAGAGUUUCCAAAGACUUAAAAAAGGAGAUGGUACAGCAUUGGACCUUUCUAAAUGUUCAUAUGUAAUUAAGAGGUUUGAAUUGUAACAUGCACUAUAUGUCCCAGAUUUUAACAAAGCAGUACUGAACCUGCCCUCAUAAUCACUGGACUUACAUACAAAUCUGUUUAAAUAGUGUUGUUUAAACUCACAGACGUGAGUGAGAGAUCUGAGAUUUGCCAAAACAAACAUUUGCUUGAAAUUGUUAGUAUGUUUACAUACAGCCAGGAGUGAGGAUUUUCAUCCAGUACAAAAAAAAGUGACUCGUAUUUCACUUAUUUAGUAUCAUAUUAUAUUUUAAAAUCAUCCAACGAUUUUAAAAGAUUAAUAGAAGUUAAUAGAUUAUAAAGAAAUUAAAAACACUUGCCACUAGUUUAAGUCCUAUCACAUUGCCAGUGUUUCUACUUUUUUUGUGAAAGAAAACAGGUAAAAAAGGGAAAAAAGAAUGCACAGCUGACUGGAUUCACUCAGCAGGUGGCACUAGAGUACAGGAGAAUUGGAUAUGCCCAAAUUGGGACGCUGCAAUCAUUUUGCUUAUCAAUAUUAUUAUUAUCUUUUAACAUUAAAUAUCAUUGGUGUGACCUCCAAGUGGACUCAAUAAAUAACACUAAAAAUUAAUGAUUUAAUAAAGAGCCAACUUGAUACAUAACAAGUCAACUAAUCAGGUUAUCAGGCCCAUAUAUUAUCAAGUGCUUUAUCCUUGGUUAUCUCAACUGUAGACAGAUUGCUAAGUGUAAUGCAUACAUUUGUGCUGUGAUACCUUUAGAAAACCUGGCCCAGAUCAGUCCUUCCUGCUACAAAAAAAAAAAAUCCAAGAUGACGUUUUACCUUUAACAUCUCCAACUUGGGUUACCAUUGGUUCAAGUUAGGCUGUAUAAAAGAUAACCUUGUAAUUUUCACUAUAUGGCCAAAAGUAUGUGGACACCUGUCUAAAUUAUUAAGUUGAUUUAGUUGAUUUAGCCAUGCUCAUUGCUAACUGUUAGCUAUGGGCACGGUUGUUUUCCUGUUCCAGGAUAACCUGCCCUAGUGCAAAAAACAUUGUUUGAAGACUUCAAAUAAGUGUAAAAAAAAAUCAGGCACUCAGGUGGCAGUGAUCUAUUACGAUAAUCCAUCAUCCAGGUUCGAAUCUCGGCGGUGCAAUUGGCCGACUGGGCGUCUACACAGACAUAAUUACACAGACAGGCUAUGUCUGAGACAGGGGGAAGAUCCCUGCCAUACACCCACUGUUUCCUAAUGGAUCCGAACAGCCGCAACCCUGACCAGGAUAAAGCAGUUGAUAAGAUUAAAGUAAGACCAGUUAAAAAAAAAAAGUCCAGUAGGCUCUAUAUAAUAGGGAAUAACUGGAAUGUCUGUUGUGAGUCAGAACCUUUUAUCGAACGUGCUUAUGGUCAGGUCCACAUUUGGCCUUGUAGAGUACAUGCCUGCUUUGCUGCUUGUAUUUAAUUGAAAACCUUGUAUAUUUUUCCAGAUUGGUGCAUAUUGAGUCGUUUUUAUGCCGUUGCUUAUUAUGAUGAACCUGGAUAUUUGAUUUGACAGCUGCUAAGCAAUAGCUGUGGUGUGUGUAUAUAUAGAUGGUAUAUAGAUUGUACCGAUUCUGUAAAUACGGGAUGCACUUGGAACUUGAGUAGUCACUCAGGCUUAAGCCGUCCAUCACCAACUGCAUCUUAAUCAAGUCAUCUCUCACUUUCUACUGCAGCAAGCGUGAAGUGUGAUGCACGAGAGGUGCAGUAAAGUACAACAGCUUCACGCUGAGAUGCAAUCAUGUUCUGUGUCAAUGUACUUCUGAUUGUUAGGAGCAGCAAGAAGAAACUGAUUUCUGCUCAAGCUUGGGACUGGUGCUUGUCUUCUAACCAUAAAUUAACACACAACAAGAAAUAGAUAUUGUAACAAAUGCAGCUGCAUUAUAAAAGUCCUCAGUCAUAAUUAGGCCUGUUAAGGUGUGCCAGUCUGUUUGUAUUAGUGAAUCUGACCACCACAAUCAACUCCCUAACCAAUCAAACCAGCUUUAUUGGAGUACUUUGAAUACUUUAAAAUCUUAGUAAAAAGGGAAAAUGUAAAAGAAAAUUGCUGGAUCCACUGCAAUCCAGCCCCGGUUUUUGCCAUAAUGGCUGGUCUAACAUGCUACCACUGUGGAGACCAGGGGUCAUAUUAAAACUGGCCAUGUCCAGGGGUGGAAAGGCUGGAUUGGGAGUCCCCACCUCAUUGUAGCCGUCCAUUCCUACUGUCUGUUUAAGGCACUGAUGCAGCGCAAAGAACUACAGAAACAGUUGUAUUAUUCUUCUGGAAUCGCUGCUGUCUGGAAAAAAGAACUGUCUCACGGCUCCCCAUGUGACAAAGGAGGCAGAGUUAGUGGCGAUCUAUUUAAGUAAAAAUUGGAGUUUGCACUACAGAUCUGACCCUAUCUCUGUAUCACUGUUCCUCAGAAUUGUCAGAAGGUUUUUUGUGCCACAACUUGCUUAAACAAGAACCAUCAAUGGUUCUGAGGAAUCAGAUCAUUUCGUGGUUAUUACCCUUCACAUGCACAUUUUUUGCCACCAGUGUAAUUACCAUGUUACAUUUGAAAUCUAAUUGUAAAAGAAAAACGCUGUUCUGUGAUGAGGUUCUUAUUGCUGGAAAUGUCCCACCAUAACACGCUUAAUUACAAAUGCUCAUUUAGCUAAGCAUUGAUGUGGUACCGCAGUAUUCCGAGUGCACAUUCUAAAUACAACUAUUCACACAGAUGCACUAAACACAAAUCUUUCUUCUCUGUCUCUUUCCAUCUACCUCUGGACAGUGUGUUCACUUCCCAUGAUUUGUUUAAUUCAUGCUGCAAGAUCAACCGUCCAGUAUCAUUCUACUGUAUAUACACAAAAAAAAAAACAGUUAUGCAUCCGAUCUGAAUGUUCUGUGUUUCACCACAGUGCAGCAGAAUCAGUUUUAUGAUGCGGAUCAUUGUGCAUGAGCUUUUCGUUUGAUGAGCAGAAUGUUCUUGUUGUGUUGAUCAUGAUCUUGUUGCUUGUGCCUUAGGUCUUGCUUAAUUGCAGUCAUGCCCACUUUUUGUUGAACGGGUGAAGCUGAAAGGCUUGUUGGUAUGGAUGACAGUGUUGAAAUGUGUAAAAUGGUCUAUAAAUCAAAUUUUGUUGUUGUUUGUUUUUCUAAUUUUUAUCGAUCUCUUCAAGAGUGAAUAAACUAGAUGUUUUUAUUUUC